CUUGAGUCUCAGUCUCGAUCACCCGCUGCGCAAAAUUCCAUCUCCAUCGCCUCCCCGUCUUUCGACCGGAGUCUGACAACAUUAAGCGACUUUACACAGAGGAACAGAGUAUAAUACAGUCCGACCUCACCGAAAAUGACAGAAGGGCAAGCGUGCUCGGCAUGCAUCAAGGGCACCAUCCAUGAGGGCACGCCCCAAGGCAAAGAAGAACUUAUCCACGGCCUCAACACCUAUGUGAUUGGCAACCGCACCAACCCUCGUGCCACCAUCGUCAUCUACUCGGACAUUUUCGGCCUGCCUCUUCCCAACAACAAGCUGAUCGCAGACGCCUACGCCAAAAGCGGCGAGUAUCUCGUCUAUCUCCCAGACUUCUUCAAGGGUGACCCUGUCCGACUCCAGGUCGCCGACGUCCUUCUUCCGGUCGAUGCGGCCAAGCAGUCGAAAUUUGCAAAGUACACUGGCCUUCUCGCCGCGAUGCCGUCGUUCAUCAUGUGGAUGGGCCGGCACAAGUUCGGACCCACCGACAAGAUCUGUAUGGAUUUCCUGAAGGCAUUGAGGCGAUCAACCCCCAAGAGCCAGAAGAUCGGCAUGGUCGGAUUCUGCUGGGGCGGACGAUACGCAAUCCGGGCCGGAUUGGAGAGCAACAUGAUCGAGGUCGAUGGCGCCAAGGUGCCCUUGGUGGACGCGGUGGCAGCCUUGCACCCGAGUCAUCUGUCCCUGCCCGACGAUGUCGAGAACAUGGUGGUGCCCGUCACCUACGGGUGGGGUCGGCACGACGAAGGCGUCAGCUUCGAUACCAAGGCCAAGGUGGAACAGAUACACGCCAAUGCCACCAAGGCAGGAAGGCGGAUUCCCGAGCAGGUGCACAAGGUCUACACCCCCGGCCGCCAUGGGUUCGGGGUCAGGGGCAACCCGGACGAUCCACAAGAACGUGCUGAGCUUGAAGAGUCGGAGAAGCAGGUCCUUGAGUGGAUGAACCGGUGGCUUUGA